CUUGCUGUUAUGUAGUGUGUGAUAUGAAUUAAUGACCUCAAAUCACAACCACAUAAAUAUUGUGCUACCAAGAAUAAUUUUUUCUUUUUUUUUAGUACACUACCAAGAAUAAUUAGACUCGUAAUGCUAUAGAACCUAAUUUUGAAGGUUCACAACAACUAAAAUCAAAGAGUAUGUUUGUGUCCCGCUAAGGAAAGAUGUUGGGGUAUCACCAAUGACCAAUGAGUGAGGUACCUUUAAACGUAGCUCGUCAAAUGUGUGCUAAAUAAUGGUUAGGUGGAUAAGAGUUAAUUGUUUGUGAGAUAAUUAUGGAGAUUUUUACACCUCAUGUCAAAAUUGACACCUUUUUUACAUUUUUAUCCUUACACGGUUUUUUAAACAUUUUUAACUUUUACAUUUUUCAAUUUUACUUUUCAAAAAGUUUAAUAAUUAUAAUUUUACCUUUUCCCUUCUUCCUUACACACGUACACGCACGCCACCUCAUAAAUCCUUUCUUUUUUUUUUUUUUUGAAUUUUUCAUCUACCUUAUUCAGCCACUCUUCAAACAGAGCUUCCCACGAUCACCAUUAUCAAGCCCUAACCAAUUUUUUCUUCCCACGAUCACCUUCUCCAAGCCCUCACCCACGUUUUCCUCAACCUACAUUGUCUUCCUCCUCUAUUUUUUCUCUAUAUAAAUGGCAACCACUAGAAGUGGUUCGAAAUCACCAUCUCCGGCGAAGAAAGUUUCUAAAAAAUCGAAGAAGGCUCCAGCUGUUACUUCCAAAGUCGAACCUAAAAUGGGGUUAAAAAAAAUUGCUAAAAAUUUAGUGGCUGAUGUUCCAGAGACAUCGGCCUCUAAGAAAAGAGCCCUUCCUGUUAAAGUAGAUGCUCCUAAGACUAAGAGAGCAAAAAUUUCCAAGUCUGCACGCGAUGUUUCCUCAGAUUCCGAUUUUGAGGAUGAAGUGCAUGGUGAGGACCAAAAGCCCAAAGUUGAAUCAAAGGUAAUUUAAAUUUGCUUGGUUUCAUUUUAUUGUGUUAAUUUUUACAUGAGCUUUUUAGGUCACUGGUUUAGGUGUUUAUUAGGAUGUUUUUAUGUUUUUUUGGUGUUCUUUAUGUAUUUCUGUCAUGUAUUGUGGUUGAUGUUGUUUUGUUGUUUUUAUUCAGUUGUUGUUUGGUUGUUGA